CUGCCAAAGAAAGAAGAAACUAAAGAUACACGCCUAAAAGUAGGCAAUAAUGUUUCAAAUAGACAUCUGUGGAUUUAUACCAACCGAGUAUAUUGCGUGAAUGUGUGUGUGUGGAUUAGAUGGUAAAGCUGUCAAUGAUAACGUUUAAACAUAUGUGAUCGUAAACUGAACGAUUAUAAAUGUUAAAUAAAUGUAUUAUUUAUAAUAAAUGGUUCAAGCAAGUUUUAAUAUGAAAGAUUGGGAAGAGAUGUAAUUAAACUCGACGCGAAUAUUAAAAGUAUUCUUUUGUAAAUAUUUUCUUCGUUUGAAUUUGCCAAAGGCAACUGUCAAAAUGACAAUUCGGACGAAGCAAACAUGGCUGUCGAAAUCGAUAGAGGAGUUUCGACGUAGUGUUUGGUAUCAAACCUUUUUUCAGUGAUAUUAUUAAUGGCGGAUUAUAAAAUAUAUUGGUUUUUAUCUAAAUCGUCGAUUCUUUUGCGAUAUUCGUCAUGUUCUACGACAACAUUUUAAUGAAAUACGGGAGACUCGUAACAUCGAACCAAGUGGCAGGUGAAAGUGCUUCGAAUAAUUAUCAUCCGUGAAGAGGGAGAAGGAUGAAUCAUGAUUGUCUAACGUGAAAUUAUUUCUGUUACGAAUUAUCAUAAAAUAGUCAUGAGUUUUUAUCCAAGUUCCUAAAAUAAUAUAUACGUAAGGAAAUUUUAUUCAAAUUUCUUUUGAGACUGAUAAUAGUUUUCUUGUUUCUCUACAAGUUUUUUUUAUAUUAAUAUAAAUAUUAAUUUCUCUGUUGUUAUACGAUAAAGUGCCUUCUUUACAAAUUAUUUGGAAGCUUUUUUAUUCUUCAAAUUUCAAUUUAAAAAAGUCACGAAUACAGGAGAAAAGAGAGAGAGAGAGGAAGAGAAAGAGAGAGAGUGAUUCCGAUAAUUGGAAUCUUAAUAUGGACUUUUUCCAAACCGUUUUUAUAGCUACAAUAACGUUUGUGUGUGGUAUAAUAUGUACGCUUAUAUUAGAGUUUUACUUCUUCAAGAAAUAUCUGGAAACAGGACCUUUAGCAAAACCACCAGAAAAAGCAAUGAAACAUGGACAAGCUCAGCUACCUCAGGAAUUACUUGAUAAGAUACAAGAUGAAAAAACAAAUCUUAAUAGCAAUAUCGUUCGACAAAGUAUUUAUCAAGGAAAUGAGAAUUUAGCAAUAAAUCUUACAUUGCAAUUUCUUUUCAAUGAAUUACGAAAUGCAGAACGCGUUCGUCUUUGGCUCUAUAGAAAAUUAAACAAUGAAUUCAAAGAACUUUUAACACAAUCAACUACUGGGAAAUUACUUGAUAGUGUAAAGUUAAGAGAUUUGAAUCUGGGUACAGAAUUUCCAACAAUAAAAAGCUUGGAAGUAGCUGAUUCUAAGAUAGACGCGGAUACUGGAUUAUUAGAAUCAUUGGAUUUAUCCCUUGAUUUAUGUUACUCAGGAAAUUUUCAAAUGUCGAUAGAUGUUAAAAUGUUGUUAGGAAAAACAGCAUAUAUGGCUUUACAAGUAAAACGUGUUACUGGUCGAGCAAGAUUGCAAUUCACACGUGUACCAUAUACACAUUGGUCUUUAAGUUUUUAUUCGGAUCCUAUCUUGGAAUUGGAGGUGCAAUCUCAAUUCCAAGGUCGCCAAUUGCAACCACAAAUAAUAUCAUUAAUUACUGGACAAAUAAGAAGAGCUGUACGUCGAAAACAUACAUUACCAAGAUACAAAAUGCGUUAUAAGCCAUUCUUCCGCAGAUUAAACGAUGAAGUUAUGGACCUAUCAGAAGUUGCUGGUAUGCAAAUCAAUCCAGGAUAUUUGGAAGUUACAUUAUUAGAAGUUAGUCGUUUAAAUGUUGGACCUAACAUGCUUAAUGCGGAAGAUAUUUCUCAAAUAGAAGUGCAUUGCACGAUGAGCAUAGACUCAACACCUUGGAUACAUUUAACGCAAUAUAAUGGAGUACCAUACAUGAUCUUAGAUUUAAUUAUUAGCAAAACUAGUUCGCAGCAACUUGGCGUAGUAUUUAAACAAGAACUUGUUUCUGAAAUCGGCCAAGUAUGUGUACUUGUUGAAACUAUAGUAUCUGGAAGUCCAGCAGCUAUAGCUGAAAUGAGAAAAGGAGAUAUUUUAAUAGCCGUCGAUGGUAAAAAGGUCACUAAUAUGAAUCAAGUUGCAAAACUCGUUAAAAGUGCUGUACAGAGGCGUUUCAUUAUUAGAGUCGAAAGAAAAUAUGUCAAAGUAGACUCGGAUAAACAAAGUUCUACAAAAUCUGACAGUGAAAUAAAGUCUGGUAUAGAAAAAAUCUUUGACAGAAAAACUAGUAGAAGUGAUUUGAUAGGAAUCAAAGGAGAUAGUACGGAUGAUUUCAGUAAAAUGAAAUUGGAGAGUUCAAUGAAAUUCUUAGACCCAAAGGAUACGGAUAGUGAGAAUGUAGAUAAAUCUGAAUUUUCUAGUAGAUUGUUUAGAAGAAGAAGAAGUAGUAGUACGCAUAUUCUAGAAGAAGCAACUCAAAUGCCUGAAACACCAUUAAGAAGAAUUUCAACGGCUUCCAGUCAAUCCACAACGUCCAGCAACAUUCAAUUUUGUUCUAUCGACGAUAGUUAUGUUACUAAUACAUCUGAUUUGUAUUACACUACGAAAGAUAAGGGAUAUGCUUCUUUAAUUACUUUCGAGGAAACUAGAAAUUUUCAGAUAGAUUCCGAACAGCAUUACUUAAAUAUAGGCGUAUGGGGUCGCGUUAAAUGUAACGAAUAUACUCCUAAAUUAUUAGGAUACAUUAAUGCUCCUAUAAAAUUAAUUGUAGCGCAAUGUGCUAAGUCGUCGACAGGUCAUUAUCUUAAAUGUCAUGCUUUAUUGCCACCAGAAAGUGCUUCUUUAGCAACAUCCAAUACUAAAUUACAAGGGUACUCUGGUUUUGAUCCUACUCUUUGUUUCGGAGACAUUUUAAUGUCCUAUAAUUGGGAAAGCAGUGUGCCAAAUCGCCAUAUCACAAACGAAUCUAUAAAAAAGGAAAAUGUAGAAGCUAUUAGAGCUCAACCGAUGCAGAAUGAAGAAGCAGCUGAAAAAAAAGUGCAUGACUUUAUUAGGACACACUUCCACAGAGCGACUCACUGCGAUUUUUGCACGAAAAAGAUUUGGUUAAAAGAUGCGAUACAGUGCAGGGACUGCGGUAUGGUAUGUCAUAAAAAAUGUGAAAUUCGUUGUCAAGCAUCAGGGAUAUGUGGUUCGGAAACUUUAGCAACGUUGGCAUUAGAAGCAGAUGAAAUAGAACCUAGUGCUAUUAUCGGCGAGUCAAGUCCGGAGAUAUCUCUUACUGGUUGUGAAGAUAAUGUUCAGGGUGCAAGUAUGAUGGCCAUGAAGGCUAGUAUAGCUAACACACUCUUGGGCCUCAAGAAGGCUGGAAGUACCAGUUGUCUGGCUCCACCAACUUCCGGUAUUGGUCUGGCAUCUAGAAGUCUUCCCCCAAGUCCCUGUGCAUCCCGCAAGAGUUCAUUGGUUGGAGGUUUGGGUAUAAGUCCUGAACUUUUGGAAGGUGCUGAACCAAGCGUGGCAGCUCCUCUUGUCGCAGGAGAUUUGGACGAUGGUCUUAUGUCUAGAGCCAAAGAUACUGGAAAAUUCUUAUAUAAAUAUUUGGAACCAUCGGAACGUGUUGAGAAGAUCAAUGAUAUGAUAGGGAAACUAAAAACUGCCCUAGAUGCUGAAACUACCUCAAGAUUAGAAUUAUCGCAAAGCGGAGAGAACGAUAGUAUAAAAUUAAUUGCACAGAGCGAUUUAAGAGUACAGGCGUUGAGUGUCUUACUUCUUCAUUAUUGUGCUGGCUUGCAACACGCGCAAGAGGCAUUAGAGAAAGCAAAAAAUGAAAAUUGAAUUCUGAACUGUAAAGAUUAUAAAACGAAAAGAGAGAAAUUUUCAAAUAUUUCCAGAUUCUCGAAUAUUCUACAUUAGUCAAUUUGUGAAUUUAUAAAAUAUUCUAAUAUAGAAACUUUUAUUUUAAAAUCGAGAUAUUAUUUAAUAGCUUGAUUAAAAAUUACUACACGCGUACACGCGUAAACAUAUUAUUCCUAUAUAUAUUACUCUCUGAUUGUGAAGUUUUAACUCAUAAUACUCAAAAGUAUAUAGUUGUGAUAAGAUUGGAAUCUCCUAGUAAACACCAAAUGUUAAGACUUAUAUUUAUAGUAAAUUGUAUAUUUGUAGAAAAUCGAGUACAAGAUACAUCAACUGUUUCGUUACGCGCGCGUGCGCACGCGUAUGUGUGUGAUGUGUGAUUUAUCAAUGAAAUAUAAUGUAUUUUACCAAUGCAAUGAAAAAUUGCUUAAAGGUUGCUUACGAAAUGUAAUGAAACGUGCAUCGAUGUAUUUUCUAAUAUCUCUCCAUGUAUUUUUCAGAAUUUUUUCAUAUUUCUUUAAAUAUUUGUGAUAUAAACUAUAAAUAUUCUAUUUCGCAAUCAAAAUGUAUUGUAUCGCAUUAACUUUGGCCUAACAACAUAUUAUUCGUAUAAUGCAACGAAGAAAUAUAUAUGAAUCCUGACUGAUUUUAGAAUAAUCUCAAUAGUAUAUUUAGUAAUAUAUAAAACAUUAUAUCAAUAGAAAUUCAUCCAUCCACUUAUAUAUAUAUAUAUAUAUAUAUAUAUAUAUAUAUAUAUAGAUGUGUUUGUCAGUGUUCGUUUUGCAAAUGUAGAAAAUGUUUAAAAAAAUAUCUUGUUAAGGUAUAACACAAAUAUAUCCGUUAUAUAAAUCAUACAGCUGCUUUUCUCAAUAUAAUUUUAAAAAAGAAAUUAAAUAUAUAUAUAUAUAUGUAUAUAUAUAUAUAUAUAUAUAUAUAUAUAUUACAGCAAAGAUAUUUAUGAAAUGGAAAUCUUUUCUAAUGAACAAUUAUUAUUAUUGUUAUUAUUAUUAUUAUUAGGAAUGUACAAGUUCCCGAUGAAUAUGUUGACCAAACGAAAGUUCACAGUAAACAUAAAAAUACGUAAAACGCAGAAAGACGCAGUAGAGAACGAAGCGCAUAAAGAAUCGACGUCAAAGCUGAUACUUAAAUAGGGCCAACGUUCUCAACUUGGCAAACAGUUUUCUUACAAAAAUUUCCCGGAUCUUAUAUAUCCGAGAGAAAACUUUGAUUUCAAUAAUACGAAUAACAAACGAUUGUAAAAGCACAUAAUGGUACUUUUCUCUAAUUAAUUUUAUUAUAAAAUAGAAAAAAACAAAAACAAUAACUGAUAAUUUUGAAAGAUUUCUUACAUUACACAUGUAUCUUUAAGGAAAUUAAUCUUUGUUGUAAAUUGAUAAAGUAUGUACAUAGAAAGAUUUAUUAAUGUGUGUAUGUGUGGCGUGUGUGUAGAAAUAGUGUAGUAAAUAGCAGUGGUAAUAGAAAAGCGGAAAUAUUUUGUCGAAAGUAUAGUAAUACACACUCCAAGUAUCGACUGGAUUCGUCUAAAGCUUUUAUCAUGAUCAUCCAAAUGAAAGCCAAAAUGAAGACGAGGAGAGAAAAGUCAUGGGGGAUUUUGGUCGGUGAUUCUAUUCUCGUACAUGAAAUGCACGCGCAGUAUCCUCUGGCUGUCGGCCAAACAUACCGUAAAGUCAUAUAAACAUUUUAUCCCUCUUGGGUACUGAGAUUCACGAUGAAUGAAGGAUACAAUUACAUUUUUUUCUUUUUUAACAACAACAACAACAACAAAUUAUUACUAGAUUAAUAAAAAGAAAGAAAAGAUAAAUAAGACUAAAUUAUUUGGAUUAGAAGAAUGAGAAAUCUUUGAAAUAGGUUAGAAAAUUUCCAAGAUGGUUGAAAUAUAUUCUGAAAGUAAACACAUUUGAUUUCUUCUUCUUUCUUAAUAAUUUAGAACUGAUUUGGCAAAAAUAUUUUUUUAUGGUAAAAUAUUUCAUUAGUUUGUGAAACUCCUCUUUUGGCAAUACUGCCAAUUCUUUCAAACGUUAACGUAUAACGCGAGAAAUAUAUAUUUCAAACAUUGCUACAAAUUGCAAAUAAUUUAAAUCAUUUUUUUCAAGUAAACUCCAUUUUCUUUUUUUAAUGAGCCUAGUGAAUUUCUUUUUGCGAUAGAGUUUCGAAACGAUUUAUUUGGGCAGUUUGCCGAAUGAACUAUAUUGGCAUGAAUUAUCGUUACGAAUGAACUGUCCUUCUAAUUCCAAUAAAAACAAAAUUAAACGCAAAAGUGUAUUGAACAAACCAAUUCUAUGUUUUCAUUAAUUUCUAGAAACAAACGGACGAACGAACGAACAAUUAAAUCGAUCACUACUAACUAAAAGUUAUCAACGAUACUACUCUUAUCUAAAUAGAAAAAAUAAAAAAAGUAAAAAAAAAGAAUAUCAAAAAAUGGUCUCUCUUUAUAAAUGUUUUUAUCUCGUAGGAAAAGAAUUCACACUAAUAAUUUACGCACAAAGAAAAGAUCAUCGAGCUCCCCGAGAUCGCUGUUUAUCCUUUAAACGGUGACCUUGAAAAAAAAGAAGAAAAAAGCAACGUGUAUUCGUAGAAAAGCUGACACCGCUUUUGACAGGUUGCAUCGUUCGAGUCUCGUUCUGAAUCUACGUACGUCGUACUCCCUACAGCUGUUUUCAAACAAAGAAAGAGAGAAAGAGAGCCCGAACAAAGUAGUAGUAGUCAGCUGAUUCAAAAUGCAUCCUUGGGUGGGAGGAGAGUUAGAGAGUGCUUAAAUAGCACCGUACGCUUUCACGCACGUUAGUGCAAGUCAGCGUUUACAUCGCACGGAUUAAGUCUUUUUAUAUCGCAAAUUGAAAAUCGUAUAGAUCUUUUUUGUCAACAAGGGAAAUAAAGAGAAAACUGUGUUAUAUCGUAGCAGGUGUCUUGAAGUUCUUCCUCUUGAUAGAUAUAUAAUUAUUUGUAAUAAUCAAUCAAUAAUAUCGAAUUCUCGUCAUCGUAUACCGUUGUAUUUGCUAUUUUGCUAUUGCAAUCGACGGUUUAAGAUAACAAAUUAACAAGAAGAAAUAAAAGGAAGAAAAUCUUCAAAUUCGUAGUUCUUUUGCUAUAGUGAAGAUAUUAGUGCUGCGAAAUUUUUAUUCUAAAUGAUAAAUCGUUCCUGAGUGAUUAUAAAAAAAGAAAAAGAGAAAAAAAGAAAAAAAAAGAAAAAAAUUAUAUAUAUAUAUAUA